AGGCAACAAAAGCAGGGAUGGAUGAGAACACUCCAAGCGACUUGCUUGUGGCUUUACCCAAAGAUCUUUCGAGGCGCUUUGCACGGCUGCGAGGAAGCAUUUUGGGAGCUACCAAGAAUGCGAAUGCCCUGGUCGUACGCUCCCCGGAACCGGGCAUGGAGGAUGAUGCCACGUCCGGCACGCCGGCCGUAGAUGGAAGCAUCAAGGAGCUCUCCAGUUUCAUUGCUUGCUCUGAAGCCCUGGAGCGCUCCGGUGCGUGGUCGUGCUUGGAUACCAAGAAUCGGCAGGAGGUGAUUGCCUUUAGCAGCAGCCAUGCGAGCGACAUCCAAAAGCAUGUGCGAAUCAGUUGCAAGGGGAUGAAGGAAGAUGCCACGCAUUCCACUGCACCAGGUUUGCUUGAUGAUUUGCUGGAGACAAAGCCACCCAGCAGAGGCUACGCCGGGACAACAAGCAGCAACGUUCCUCCGCUGCUGCCACCACCGCCGCGCUCUUCUUGCAGUGUCCGUGGCCCUGCGUGAGAAAAG